UAAGGGAAGAUUCUUCACAUGCAGUGCAUAAAAAAUGUGACGUCAACUAGUCGGUUGUAUUAAUUUCCCCAGCUGUAUCUCCCCCUCUCUCUAUCUCUCUAUCUCUCUCCCUAUUUAUUUAUUUAUUCUACUUCUUCUUUAAUUAGUAAAUAAUAAUUAUGUUUGGACUUCGUCGUGCUAUUCUUAAAGCUGCUCCCAUUGCUACACGUACUUCAAUUAGACCUUUCUCGGUUGUAGGUGGUCGUUUAUCUGGAGCUGUUGGACAUAAUGUUGAAUCAAAUUUAGGCCCUGGUGCUAAGGCAGGUGAAGUUCCUACUGAUCUUCAACAAGCUACUGGUUUGGAACGUCGAGAAUUGCUUGCAAAGCUUGAAGGUAGAGAAUUUUUUGAUAUGGAACCUUUGAACAUGACUCAUCUUGGUACUGUCAAGAAUCCUAUUGUUGUCAAGUCUCACGAUCCCAUUCGUUUUGUUGGUUGCACUGGUUUCCCUGCUGAAUCUCACGAUGUUAUUUGGAUUAAUUUGGAUAAAUCUCAUGAACAUGAUCGUUGUCCUGAAUGUGGUUCUGUUUUUGUUAUGGAUUUUAUUGGUACUGAAGAUGAACAUCAUCAUUAAAUAGUUUAUUAAAGGAAAAAAAAAAACAGUUGACUUUUUUAAAGAUUUUCUAUUUUUAUUAUUUUAUUUUACCAAAUCAUGAAAAAAGAGCAAUAUUUUAUAAAAGUAAAAUAACGCUAUUUAAAUUUUAUUUCCUAAAAAAAAAAAAAAAAGCAAAAGGUAAAUGGAACCAGUAAAAGAAAAGCAACUACAUCGACAAUAGCAACCCCUAAAGACGUCAUCAUUGGCUUUUAUUUGAAACUUCAUUUUAAAUACUUUUGGAUUGAUAUGGAUAGGAUAGCAGAAAACAUGAUAACAUAAGGCUUCUUUUCUUUCUUUCUUUUAUGAUCUAUAAUACAUUAAAAUUCAGUUUGGCACAACUGCCGACUUUUGUUAUGG